UGAUUUAGUAAGGAAGAAUCAAAAGGUAGAAGAAUCACAGCCAAAUAGUACUAUAUAUCCAUCUCUCUCUCUCUUUCUCUCAUUUGGAGAUGAUUUUGCAGCGCCAGCUCCAUUGCAGUUUUCUUAUUAACAGCUAAUGACUUCAGUAGGUGUUGCACCAAUGUCCGGGGUGAUGAAGGAUUCCAGUGAUCAUGCUGCUGGUGUAGAAAAGUUACCUGCUGAGAUGAGUGAUAUGAAGAUUAGGGAUGACAAGGAAGUUGAAGCUACAGUUAUUGAUGGUAAUGGGACAGAGACAGGUCAUAUAAUUGUAACAACUAUUGGUGGUCGCAAUGGGCAGCCAAAGCAGACUAUCAGCUACAUGGCCGAGCGUGCAGUUGGACAAGGGUCUUUUGGAGUUGUAUUCCAGGCCAAGUGCUUAGAGACAGGGGAAACUGUAGCAAUAAAGAAGGUUCUUCAGGACAAAAGAUACAAGAACAGGGAGCUACAAACGAUGCGUCUUCUUGACCAUCCGAAUGUAGUGGCUUUGAAACAUUGUUUCUUCUCCACAACCGAUAAGGAUGAAUUAUUUCUUAACCUGGUGCUGGAGUAUGUUCCAGAGACAGCGUAUCGAGUAAUUAAACACUACAAUAAGCUGAACCAACGGAUGCCUAUUAUUUAUGUGAAGCUCUAUUCCUAUCAGAUAUUCAGGGCUUUGUCAUACAUACACCGCUCCAUUGGAGUAUGUCACAGAGACAUCAAACCUCAAAAUCUUCUGGUUAAUCCUCAUACUCACCAGCUGAAGAUUUGUGAUUUUGGAAGUGCAAAAAUCUUGGUAAAAGGGGAGCCGAACAUUUCUUAUAUAUGCUCUAGGUACUAUAGGGCACCCGAACUUAUUUUUGGAGCCACGGAGUACAGUACAGCUAUUGACAUCUGGUCAGCUGGAUGUGUUCUCGCUGAACUACUACUUGGACAGCCUUUGUUCCCCGGUGAAAAUGGAGUAGAUCAGUUAGUGGAGAUUAUUAAGGUUUUGGGUACUCCGACUAGGGAGGAAAUCAGAUGCAUGAACCCUAACUACAAUGAAUUUAGGUUUCCACAGAUCAAAGCUCACCCAUGGCAUAAGAUAUUCUACAAACAUAUGCCUCCAGAAGCUGUUGACCUUGUCUCAAGAUUGCUGCAAUAUUCUCCUGACCUACGCAGCUCGGCUAUGGAUGCAAUGAUACAUCCUUUCUUCGACGAGUUGCGUGAUACAAACACACGCCUGCCAAAUGGACGGCUUCUUCCUCCGUUAUUUAACUUUAAGGCUAACGAACUGGAGGGUGUGCACCCAGAGGUGUUGGUAAGACUAAUUCCGAGCCAUGCGAGAAAGCAAUGCACAUUCCCGGGGAUGUAAAGAAGAGAAGUGGAUAGGAUAAAGCUAACUAGAUUAUUUCUUAUUUGCUUUGAUCCUUCUGUUUAUUAUUGUUACUUUGUUUAAUGUGAUUUGGUAUUGUUUUUUAAAAGCAGACUUAGAUUGUGCAAGAGAACAUGGAAAUUGACAUUUUA